CAAACAUCAUUCAGAUCAUGUUGAGAUUGUGUCGUAAUGCCUGUUUCAGAAGACAGUUCUCAGUAACCCCGCAAAGAUAUUACAAGGACUACUAUCUCACCAAAGGCGUACAAGACAGUUUGCUUCGAAUCAACCUCAGUCGAGCCAACCAACUUAUCGGUGUCUGUUCAUCCAGAGGCACCCGUGAAUCCAACGAGGAUCAAUACAGCGCUGUCUCUCUAGAAUUACCCGACUCUCCCCAAAUGCCCAAGCUCAAUAAGGACGCACAACGUGCCUACAUUGGUAUCUUUGACGGACACGGUGGCCCUGUGGUUUCGGAUUGGCUUGCGAAAAAGUUACAUGAAACGAUAGAGACAGUAACAUUAGCAGAUUUUUAUGAAACAUUGGCCUUCUUACGCACCUAUCGAGGUUACUUUCGUCGUUUCCCCAUACCUACCAUCAUCAAAUCACUGGUGGACGAAAGUGGGAAACCGAAAGCCGGUAUCGACAUUCACGAUUUAUCUUUAGAACAACGACUGACGAUCGCUUUCCUCUAUGCCGAUAUGCUCUGUCUUAAACAAUCCGGUGCUGUCAUGGACGAUGCUCAUGCAGACGAUGAGGGCUCCACAGGAAGCAUUGUGAUUAUUGAACCACGCGAUGCCCAAUCCUUUUGGAACAGUCAGGAUUAUGACUUGGUCAUUGGUCAUGUAGGAGAUACUCGUAUUUUAUUAUGUGAUUCUCAUACGGGACAUGCCAUUCCUUUAACCACAGGCGAUCAUCACCCGGGCAAUCCCAUUGAAACCGACCGAUUACGAAAAUACGCAGGAUUUGUCACCACGGACUCAUGGGGGGAUGAACGCAUCAUGGGCAUGUUGGCCACCAGCCGUGCUUUUGGCGAUGCUAAAUUAAAGAGGUAUGGUGUCUCGGCUGAACCCGAUAUUGUCCGAUAUAGAGUUCACGCAAAGAAUCCCGCUGCCUUUCUGGUAUUGGUGACGGAUGGCAUCACCUCUGUCAUGUCAGACCAAGAAAUCGUUGACUUUGUGAAGCAGUGUAACAGCCCUUCGUUGUCUGCCAAGAAGCUGGCCGAUGCAGCAGAUGGGUUGCAUAGCGACGAUAAUGUCACAGCAGUGGUUGUCAGGUUGAAGGACUGGGGUAAAAGAAUGCAUGAUUACACAAAGGAACUCCGAGCAUAUAGACUGGAGAAUACCACGAUGAGUAGUCGACAAUCGUGGUGAUUAAAAUUUGUCACAAGGUCUUUUUUUUUUUUUUAUGUGUGUGUGUGUGUGUGUGUGUGUGUGU